AUGGCGUGGUUCCAGUCACACACAGACGGACGGAGCCGAGCCUACUGCUGUUUCCAGCCAACCCGGUACGGGGGUAGCUCUGAUGUCCAACCGCAUGAUAUGCAGGCGGUCGGAAAUACCACGAUACCUGAAACACUAGGAAGCGUGCAACCAGAAGGUUUAGAUCAUGGCUUCGCGACUACCCCAGGAAACGGCAACGGAAACUCACAAGCCUCGGGCCAAGGCGCCGCGACUGCUGCAGGAAGUGGCAACGAGAAGCCAGAUGGAUUGGAGCAUGGAGCUCGUGGGGUUUCCUGUGAAGACCCUGCCGUCCAAUGCCUAAGCGCCAACCCUGAUGUCAAGCACCCGGAUGUCCGUCCCCGCGGUGAUGAUCCACGCCCAAGGGCUUGGGGCCGCCCGAACAACCGUAGCGAGACAGAGUUUGACGACCGCAAGAGCCCGCGCAAAGUUGCGUUUUUGGGCCGCUCUGCCAAUGUACGCAUCUACCCCAACUAUUCGGAUCCCGGCGUCUACCUGCAGCUCCGCUUCGGCAAGGUGCAGGAGAUGGACCGCUAUGGCCACCCCGUGCCCCACCACUCGGUUCCCUCCCUCGCUGACUCCCAAGACGUCCUCUUCACCGCCGGAAACCUAACGGUCAACGGUGUCAACAUGUCGUACGUCAACUUUAGCCUCAAUCCUCUGAUUUUUGAAGAAUUCAGCACCAGCUGCAAUACAUCGAGUGAUGGUGGCAACGGGGAUGCUGAGGGCGGAAGCAGCGAGACAGUUCCCCGCCACUUGUUGCACGGGGGCCAGUUGCGCAGCGAUGCGCCGCCGGCUACACAGCCACAGCGGCAUUACUUGCUUCCAGCGCCCAUUUACGGAGGUGGUGUCGAUGGAGGGAACGGUACCCGGGAUCCGCAACUGAACGUAUCGCUACUAUUUGGACUGGACGAUGCAUUAACAGUUCCUUAUGGUGAAACCAACAUUACGAUACCCCGCAACGGCUUAAAAUGGACGGUGUCGUACAGGGACUGGCCCUUUUGCAACGAUUCCAACACGCUUUCGGUGUCGCUCUACUUGCUAGUUGCCAACAACGCCACGGCGCAGGUCGCCCUGGACGGAGCCAACAACGGCACCCGGCGGCUGAAGGUCGCACUCGGCUCGUCGUACAACUCCUCCCUCAGCUUCCUUGAUUAUGCGCUCGACGGCGAGCAGGAGGCCAACUCAUCGGCUGCAGGCAGGACCACUGCGGGUGUCAAAAAAAUGCCCGUGAACGUUAGCUUGACGCAGGACGAUGGAGCGGUGGCAGUAGUUAUGGACCUUCCUAAUCCAGCGCCAUACAAUUCCAGCAGCUUCGUGUUGUAUGACCCAACCCAGACCACAACAUCAGCUUACCUGGCGGCCGACGACCCUGGAAAUGUCGACUACGUAACUGAGGUGUUCGCCGUCCAGGAGUAUGGUAACGUUACCAAUGGCACAGGUAACAAUCAAGCUAGCGCGGCUGGAGUUGUGCGCGCCACCCUAUGGACCGUGGUUUCAGCACUUCUAUUGAGUUUGUUUAUGGCUCCGACUCCAAUGCCAUAG